GGCGACGGUGGCAGCGGCAACUGGUCCUCCUCCUUCUCCCUUUCCCACCUCCUUCACCUCCUCUCCCUUCCUGGUUGCUUCUCGUUCUCCUCCCCUAGUGGCGGCCCUGAUCCUACAUAAGGGAAUGACUACCAGGUACGCCAGCGAAAAUAGGGUGCAAGCCCAGAAACCAUUUCUGUACCACCACUUGUUGAGAAACUGAUUUGAAAGCAACUCUUGUGCUUGGAAUUGGCAGAGGGUGCCCGGAUUUGACACUUCUGUUUUCUCAGAUUGGGAACCCUUCACUGCUAAGUGUCAAGGCAACAAAACUGGAAACUAACUUGACCCUUAUUGAAGACCAGAAUGGAGCGAUUUGUAGUAACAUCUCCUCCUGCUCGAAACCGUUCCAAGACUGCUUUGUGUGUGACUCCUUUGGAUCAUGUCACUGAGUUUGGAGGUGAGUUGCACGAAGAUGGAGGGAAACUGUUCUGCACUUCUUGCAAUGUGGUACUUAAUCAUGUUCGCAAGUCUGCCAUCAGUGAUCACCUCAAGUCUAAGACUCACACCAAAAGAAAGGCAGAGUUUGAAGAACAGAAUGUAAGGAAGAAACAAAGGCCUCUAACAGCAUCUCUUCAAUGUAACAGUACUACUCAGACAGAGAAAAUCAGUGUUAUCUAGGACUUUGUGAAAAUGUGCCUGGAAGCCAACAUCCCACUUGAGAAAACUGAUCACCCAGCAGUUCGUGCUUUUCUGUCUCGCCAUGUGAAGAAUGGUGGCUCCAUACCUAAGUCAGACCAACUAAGGAGAGCUUACCUCCCUGAUGGGUAUGAGAAUGAGAAUCAGCUCCUUAACUCACAAGAUUGUUGACAAGGGAGGUUACCAUCAUUGUGAACAAGACAAAUGACGUGGAGUAUUAAAGUUAUGUGUUGA